AUGACAAAACAGAAGCAGGAGCAAGCUGCCACCCCCAGCCCUAGCCCCGCCCUCUUCUCCCUCCACCCUACACUUUUCUUCCUCUUCUCGUCACUAGAUUCCAACUUCCAGUUCACCCCCGCCCCGAGCAAGAGGCAGCCGGCGACGACGAAGGCGGACGAGGACGAACCUUCGCACUCGCAGGGCGAUGACGGGAGGCCGACGGCCAUGGAUCAUGCCAGGAAGCGCCAUCAGGAGAAGGGCUUCUUCAAUGACUGCUUCUUCAUGCUGUGCUGCUGCUUCUUCUGCCAUGAGGCGUGCGAGCACUGCCUCAAGCGCUUCUGCUGCUGCCGCAACAAGGACGAGUGA